UCCUCCCAGUCAUGGAGCAUGCGCAGACUUCCUGCCGUCCCGCCCCUGCUUUUCCAGAGACCCCGGUUCCUUAGAAACCAGGCGGCGCGUUCCCCGUGGCGGCGCGCUGGAUUCCGGGGCCCGAGCGUCCCUGGAAGCCUCCCUCACGCAUCGCCAGCGGCUGCCGAUACCCGUCCGGGCCCAUGGUCUCCAGGACGGCGCAGGGCGGGGGAUGCCAGCGUGCCAGAAAAAUCCCUUUGCAGUAUGAGGAAUGGAUGAAGGAAGGAAAGGAUGGAAGCAGGAGAGAUCAAGUAGAAGGUGGUUGCCUCAUCCAGGAGCCAUGUAUGACCGAGACUGCGAGACAGUGGUGCUCAUGCCGGAGCCUCUGGUGAGGAGAUGAGUUGGUGAACCAAGAAGGCGGCAUGAAGAUGCUUCCCGGCGUGGGUGUGUUUGGGACCGGCAGCUCCGCCCGGGUUCUGGUCCCACUGCUGCGGGCAGAGGGGUUCACGGUGCAGGCCCUGUGGGGGAAGACCGAGGAGGAGGCCAAGCAGCUCGCUGAGGAGAUGAACAUCGCCUUCUACACCAGCCAGACCGAUGACGUCUUGCUGCAUCAAGACGUGGAUCUGGUGUGCAUCAACAUGCCCCCUCCGCUCACCCGGCAGAUAUCUGUGAAGGCUCUAGGUAUUGGGAAGAACGUGGUUUGUGAGAAGGCGGCAACCUCAGUGGACGCUUUCCGGAUGGUGACGGCCUCGCGCUACUACCCUCAGCUGAUGAGCCUCGUGGGGAACGUGUUGCGCUUCCUGCCCGCCUUUGUGCGCAUGAAGCAGCUGAUCGCCGAGCACUACGUGGGCGCAGUGAUGAUCUGUGACGCACGCGUCUACUCGGGGAGCCUGCUCAGCCCCAACUAUGGCUGGAUCUGCGAUGAACUCAUGGGCGGCGGGGGCCUGCACACCAUGGGCACCUACAUUGUGGACCUGCUGACCCACCUUACCGGCCAGAGAGCCGAGAAGGUCCACGGGCUGCUCAAGACCUUUGUGAGGCAGAAUGCGGCCAUCCGCGGCAUCCGGCACGUCACCAGCGAUGACUUCUGUUUCUUCCAGAUGCUCAUGGGCGGGGGUGUGUGCAGCACAGUAACUCUCAACUUCAACAUGCCAGGCGCCUUUGUGCACGAGGUCAUGGUGGUGGGCUCCGCGGGACGCCUGGUCGCCCGGGGCGCGGACCUCUACGGGCAGAAGAACUCUGCCCCGCACGAGGAGCUGCUGCUGAGGGACUCGCUGGCUGUGGGUGCGGGGCUGCCCGAGCAGGGCGCCCAGGACGUCCCGCUGCUCUACCUGAAGGGCAUGGUCUACAUGGUGCAGGCUCUGCGCCAGUCCUUCCAGGGGCAGGGGGACCGCCGCACGUGGGACCACACCCCUGUCUCCAUGGCCGCCUCGUUCGAGGACGGGCUCUACAUGCAGAGUGUGGUGGAUGCCAUCAAACGGUCAAGCCGAUCCGGGGAGUGGGAGGCGGUAGAGGUGCUGGCAGAGGAGCCCGACGCCAACCAGAACCUGUGCGAGGCGCUCCAGCGGAACAACCUGUGAGCCUGCUCGUGGGCUCCCGGCAGCGGGCAGGGCAGGACUAGGAGCUGUGACGGGAGGGCUUCGCGGUAGCACAGACGGUAUCUUUCAUUCGAUAGGUCCGCUUGGGCAGAGUUGAAUUCCAGUGAAUUCGAAGGUGGCCCCGGGGAACUCCCCACUGGUGAGGGGGUGGCAUUCUGUUGCCAGGGAUGAGAGGCCGGCACACCGCGCAAGGCAGAAGUGCCCCGGGUCUGUGAGCAGGGCCGGCAGAAGCUUGACUGGGGGGGAGCUUCUGCAGCCUGUUUGUGGUUUUAGGCUGAUGAGAAAGCACAGUAAGGAGCCAGCCUGGCUGAUGCCACAGGCCUGAGAAGUGACGCGAAGCCUUGUUGCCAUGCCCUUCCUGGGCUGGGGCACCUCAGGAAUGGUGAGGGCGGCAGGUCAUCCCUCGGGGAUCCACACCUGCCCUCUCUCCACAUGACCAGGCCCUUCCGGCCUCCAGGCUACCCCUUCCCUGGCUGGGAGGGGGUUUCUUUAGCAGGUGAUCUUUCAGGGGCUGUUGCCCCCGGGCAGAGGGCCCCUGCUUUGGCAGAGAGGAGCCAAGGGGGAGAGAGCUCUGGGACAUACGAGAAAUGUUAAUAAAUCAGAAGGUCUGACACUA